CAUCAGCCAAUCACAAUCCACGUACAGACGUUCGCCCAAUCACCGUCCAGCUCCCAGGGAUCGCUUCCGGAAAUCAGGAGCGCACGUUUUCUGCUCGCUCCUCAUUGAUUCUCUCCCCAAAACAACAAGGAAUCGGCUGAUGGCAAAGGACAAGUCUUUGAAACUGAUUCCCCCCAAGGGGAAGAAAUCCAGGGGGAACGAAGCAGAAGAGCCCACGGAGACUAAAAUCAAGAAGAAGAAGAGGAGACACGUGGAGGUGGAGGAAGCUCCGGUACAGAAUCCUGGCGCCAUAAUCCCAGAUGAGGAAACACCCAGGAAGAACAAGAAGCGCAAAAAGACCAAAGUCACUGAGCUUCCACAUCCAGGCAGCAGUCCUGGGGGGACACAGGAGCCAGAGGGAGAAGGGGACCAGGCCUUGACCCCUGAAGAGCGACGGGUUCUGGAAAGAAAGCUGAAGAAGAUCCGGAAAAAGGAGGAGAAGAAGAGGCUGAAAGCAGACGGACAGACCAAGCUGAACACCCAAGAAGCCGGACCGAGCGCGUCCAAGCUGGCCUUGGAGUACCUGAGCUGCUGGGCAGAGAGGCGUUCGGCGUGGAAGUUCCAGAAGAGCAGGCAGACGUGGCUGCUGCAGCACAUGUACGACUCUGAGAAGAUCCCAGACGAUACGUUUGUGGUGCUGCUCCAGUAUCUGGAGGGACUGUUUGGAAGCGCGAAGGAGACGACGGUCGUGAAGGCCUUAGAGCUGGUGGAGGAGUCUGGGAAGGCUCCAGAGGACGUGGUUGUCCAGCAGAGGGCGCAGCGAGCCAGAGAAGUGAUCCAGCUGUUGUCCUGACCGGACCAGGAGAACCGCUGGACUCCACUGGAGACGGAGCGAAAGCCCUGAUCUGUAGAACCGCUGCUCCCUGCAAAUCAUUUCACCAAAGACCCACACGUGUUUCUUUACUGCUGGAAUGUAAAAAAAAAAAA